CCUCCACCAUCCCCGCGGCCGCACGCCGCCCCGCUGGAGCUGUGCUGCUCCGGCGCCCCUCCUCGCCCGGCUUGCGGCUCGGGCCGCCCCGCACGACUCGCCGUCUCCGUGCCACGACCAUCUCUCGCGAGCCCGCCGGCCCCGUGCCGGCUUCUGCUCCGCCCAGCCGCGGCUUGCCGCGCCGGCUGCGCCCCUCACCGCCGUGACCAGCGUCCGUGCUGGCUCGGCCGGCCGUCCCCGCCUGCGCCAUUUCCACGCCGGGUUCCACCCGCGCCGGCGGCGUCGAGCCGCCAACCCCUCUACGUCCCCGCACCCGGCUGCCGGCUCCCGCGCCCGUCACCUGUGCCGCCCGCCGGAUCCCGUCCCCAACGUCGCCCGCGUCUGGCCGCUUCCUCGCUCGGCUGGCGGGCUCCCGCGCGCCCGUUGGCCGAGCCGCCUCCGGCUCCCGCGCGCCCGUCGCCUGUGCCGCCUCCGGCUCCCGCCCGCUCCGGCCGGCUCUGGCGUCCGCCACCGCCCCUGGCCGACUCCCCUCCUGGCCGCCUCCGCUUGCGGCCGCCUGCCGCCCGCUCCGGCCGGCUCCGGCUUCCGCGCACCCUGCCGGCUUCCCAGGCCUGCCGGGUCUGCGCCCGCCCCGCCCCGUGGCUGACUCCCUCGGCUCCGCCUCCGCGAGCUGCUCCAGGCGCGGCCCCGCCCCCUGCGGCCUCCUCCUCCUCCGCCGACCCGGCUGCGCCUCGCGUCUGCCGCUGUCCGACUGCUCCGCCUCGACCGCAGGCGUGCCCGCUGCCCGAGGCCGGCUCCUCCGCCCGAGCGGCAGCCGCCGGGGUCCUCCGCGCCGCGCCCGCCCUCUGCCCCGGGCUGCUCUGCGUCGAGCCGCCUCCGGGGCUCGGCCGGUUGCCCGUGCCGGCCUUGCCGUCUCACCCCCGCACCCGGCCGCCUGCUCCCGCGCCCGUUGCCUACCCCGCCGCGCGGACUCCUCCGCCUGCGCGCCCCGUGGCCGGCUGCGUCGCGCCGGUCGAAGGCCGGCUGAGCUCCGCGCCGACUCGCGCCUGCGACGGCCGCCUCCCGCCUCGGCCGUGGCCUUCGCUGGCCGGCUGCCCAGAAGACAAAGAAGGGGGGCCGGCUAGAAGAGGAUGGCUGUUCGGUUGGAAAAAAAAGAGAGAAGAGAAAAAAAAUGCGUCCGACUGCCAGAUAUACGUCCGACCGUUGGCUAUCUGGCCGGCUGCAAAGAGCCCGACUGCCGUGUCGGGGUCCGCCCUUCAGCCGUCUGAAGAAGAAAAAGAAGAAGACAAAGUAGUUGCCGGAAGAUCCGGCCCGACUGCUCAGCAGUCGGCCCGAAUCUCGGGGGCUACACCAAGCGGGUGCGCUGACGCGCCCCCGCGAGAGAAG